GGCCUGCACCGCGCGCAGAGCCCACACUUCCGCGCGCUUCCUCCUUCCCCGGCCGCGGCAGCCGCCGCCUUCGAGUUCUCUCCCCUUCCCCAACCCCUGUUCCCGAUUCCCACACCACAGGAGGAAUGGCGAUCUCCGCCCUCUCCUUCCUCUCCGAUCGCAAGCGCCCAAUCGUCGUCGCGGUCAUCCUCUUCAUCGUCCUAUCCUCCCUAUUCCUCCUCUUCAACCCCACGCCUUCCGCGCUCCCGUUCUUCUCCUCCCCCUCCUCGCACCUCUCCUCCUCCGAGACCUCGAUUCCCGUCUACUCUAACGCAUCUGCACCCGAAGCCCCGACCUCUGUUGCCUCCAACGGAGUCAGCAGCAGCAGCACUACUGCCGAUCCAGUUCCCGUCUCUGCUGACGCGUCACCGCCAGUAACCGGUACCGCCGUCGCGUCGGACGGGGUCGGCGACAGCACCACCGACCCGCCUCGGCCAGACGCCACCGCCGACCCCGGGGACGCUGCGGCCGAUGUGCCCCAACCAGAUCACGGCACGUCACCUGCCGCGGCUGAAGAGAGUGGAUCGGCUGGCAACAAUGAGACUGCCGCGGGAGUCUCGGCCGAGCGGGAUGCGGAGGGGCAAGGCGGCGGCGCGGUGGAGGAGCCGGUGGAGCUGCCGUCGUGGGAGCUCUGCGAGGUGGGGAAAGGGGUGGUGGCCGCGGACUACAUCCCCUGCCUCGACAACGUGAAGGCGAUCAAGGCGCUCAAGUCGCUGCGGCACAUGGAGCACCGGGAGCGGCACUGCCCGAAGCCGAGGCCGAGGUGUCUGGUGCCGCUGCCCGAGAGGUACCGGCGUCCGGUGCCGUGGCCGCGCAGCCGUGACAUGAUUUGGUAUAACAAUGUUCCUCACCCAAAGCUAGUUGAAUACAAGAAGGACCAGAACUGGGUCAGGAAAUCUGGUAACUAUUUUGUUUUUCCCGGAGGUGGGACUCAAUUUAAAAAUGGUGUGACCGCAUACAUUCGAUUCAUUGAACAGAUUUUGCCAAACAUUCAUUGGGGAAUCCAUACAAGAACUGUCCUGGAUGUUGGAUGUGGUGUUGCCAGCUUUGGUGGAUACUUGCUUGACAGGAAUGUCAUUACCAUGUCUUUUGCACCCAAAGAUGAGCAUGAAGCUCAGAUACAGUUUGCACUGGAGCGUGGGAUUCCUGCUUUUUUGGCAGUGAUUGGAACACAAAAGCUUCCCUUCCCUGAUAAUUCAUUUGAUGUGAUCCACUGUGCAAGGUGUAGGGUCCACUGGUAUGCUGAUGGUGGAAAACCACUGUUGGAGCUCAAUAGAGUACUCAGGCCUGGAGGAUACUACAUUUGGUCUGCAACUCCUGUCUAUCGCAAAGAACAAAGAGAUAAAGAUGAUUGGAAUGCGAUGAUUGCUCUGACCAAAUCGAUCUGCUGGAGGACAGUGGUCAGGUCUCGGGAUAUCAAUAAGAUCGGAGUUGUUAUAUACCAAAAACCGACAUCAAAUUCAUGCUACCAUAAGAGAAAAAACAACGAACCACCUCUGUGCUCUGAGAGUGAUAGAUCACGUUCUCCUUGGUACACACCUCUCGAUAGUUGCCUGUUUCCUGCUGUUUCAAGUUCAGGUGGAGGAAAUAGCUGGCCCAUUUCAUGGCCUGAAAGACUUAGCAUGAAGCAUUCAACUUCAUCUAAGAACUCUUCCAUUCAGUUUUCUCAAGAAAAAAUUGAUUCUGAUGCAAACCAUUGGAAGGACCUUAUUUCAGAAGUGUAUCUCAAUGAAUUUGCAGUUAAUUGGUCUAGCGUUCGCAAUGUUAUGGACAUGAAUGCUGGUUUUGGAGGAUUUGCAGCAUCACUUAUUCGGCAACCAUUAUGGGUUAUGAAUGUUGUACCUUUUGAUCAGCCAGAUACAUUGCCCAUUAUUUUUAACAGAGGUUUGAUUGGGGUAUAUCAUGACUGGUGUGAAUCUUUUAAUACAUACCCACGAACUUACGAUCUUCUUCACAUGAGUUAUCUACUAGGAUCCCUUACAGAAAGGUGCCAUAUCACUGAAGUAGCAGCGGAAAUCGACAGAAUACUUAGACCUGGUAGAUGGUUUGUGCUCCAAGACACUAUAGAAGUGAUAAGAAAGAUGGAUACUCUUCUUCGUUCUCUGCACUACAAAACUAGGAUUAUCAAACAGCAGUUUCUUGUUGCCACCAAGGGUUUCUGGCGCCCUGCCAAUACAGGUCCUCACUCAUGAUGAUUGCUCUUCCACGCCAGAUGGAGCCAUGGACUCAUGGGUACAUCCAAAGUUGUGUUGAUUAUUCUGAUUCUUAUUACAUUGGUUCUUCUCAUAGCAUAGAUGAUUAGAGGACACACUGUAGCCCCAUGUCAAGGUGAGUUUCAGAGUUCCAGUUUUCCCUGCUUUGUUUCACUAUUUUUUAAAAAUGUUUUGGCCAUGUGAAUUUCUGUUUGGUACUGCAAACAGGUUGAAUCAUCAGUUAGUGCUAACAAGUCUAUUAGGUAAUUCUAGAAGCAUUUUUUUUAAUAUUUAUAGCUAUAAACUGGAACAAUAUGCCAUCAGUAUUUUGUAUAUUUAGCUAUACAAUUCUUGUCUUCUUGCAAAAUAACAAUUAUGGGUUUUGAAUUA